AGGGAGGGAUGACACGUCGUCGCCGCCGCGUGACCCCCGUGGGGACCGACUUCCUCAGCGCCUCCGAACCGGGGCCGCCCCACAUCCCUGCCCCACUUCUCCGUCACCUCCCCGGGGCGACCCGGGGGCCACCCCCAGCUGUCGCCUGCGGCGUGUCCGGUGUCCCCGGGUGUCCCAGGUGAGGGGCGGCUCCUCCCCGUCCCUCCCCUCGGCGCCUUCCCCGCGCCCGUCACCGGGGAUUAGCGCAGGGACAGCCCCGGGCUCGGGGACAGGGGACGGGGCCACCCGUCACCUCGCCUGGAUGUAGGAGGCCUGGCCGAGCGGUGACACCGAGGGUGACACCCCCAUCCCGGCGGUGGGCGACGACGGGGACCCCCCCGCGCCCCCCCAGCCCUCGGGGGCACCAUGAAGGACCGGCUGGAGCAGCUCAAGGCGAAGCAGGACGCGGAUGACGACGCCGAGGAGCUGGAGAUCGCCGUGGACAACACGGCCUUCAUGGAUGAGUUCUUCUCGGAGAUCGAGGAGACCCGGCAGAACAUCGACAAGAUCUCGGAGAACGUGGAGGAAGCAAAGAAGCUCUACAGCCUCAUCCUCUCAGCGCCCAUCCCGGAGCAGAAGACCAAAGAUGACCUGGAGCAGCUGACGGCGGAGAUCAAGAAGAUGGCCAACAGCGUCCGCAACAAGCUGAAGAGUAUGGAGAGGAACAUCGAGCAGGACGAGGCGCGAUCCUCCGCCGACCUCCGGAUACGCAAAUCCCAGCACUCGGUCCUGUCCCGCAAGUUCGUGGAUGUCAUGACCAAGUACAACGAGGCACAGGUGGAUUUCCGGGAGCGCAGCAAGGGCCGGAUCCAGCGGCAGCUGGAGAUCACCGGCAAGAACACGACGGACGAGGAGCUGGAGGAGAUGCUGGAGAGCGGGAACCCCUCCAUCUUCACCUCGGGGAUCAUGGACUCGCAGAUCUCGAAGCAGGCGCUGAGCGAGAUCGAGGGGCGGCACAAGGACAUCGUGCGCCUGGAGAGCAGCAUCAAGGAGCUCCACGACAUGUUCGUGGACAUCGCCAUGCUCGUGGAGAACCAGGGAUCCAUGAUCGACCGCAUCGAGAACAACAUGGACCAGUCCGUGGGAUUCGUGGAGAGGGCCGUGGCUGACACCAAAAAGGCUGUGAAGUACCAAAGUGAGGCCAGGAGGGUGAGAUGGACCGACGGCCCCGGUGUCCCCCGGUGUCCCCUCCAUAGCCCGCAGUGUCCCCAGGGCACCCUCGGUGUCCCCCUCCGGCCCUCAGUGUGCCUGCCCAUCUCCCAGUGUUCCCAGCAUCUCCCCGUAUCCUCCAGCAGCCCUGAGACCCCCUUGUGUCCCCCAGACACCCUUUCUCCCCCCAGCCACCCUCGUUUCCUCAGCCACCUCUUGUCCCCCCCAGACACCCCCAGUGCUCCCCCAGCUGUCCCCAAUGACUCCCACCUCCCCCCAGUGACCCCAGCUGGUCCCCACUCCCCCCUUUGCCACCUCCAUGGGGGGUGGGCAGCUCUGUCCCUCUCUGUCCCCCCCUCAGGUGUGAUGAGCUGAGGAGGGCUCAGCCCCUCCUGCCCUGGGGCUCUGCAGCAUCUCUGGCUCUUCAGGACCCCCCGGUGCCCCCCUCUGGUGUCCCCCCACGUGGCACAGGUGUCACCACCCCCGUGUCCCCCC